AUGACCUGAGAGAGAUGACCUGAGAGAGAUGACCUGAGAGAGAUGACCUCGUAAUAAAAGGACUUACAGUGCAAGUGCAGCAAAUGGUUCAGAGGGUUGGAUUCUUUGGAAUUCUAGUCUGCGCCUCUAUUACCAAUCCAAUGUUUGACCUGGCAGAAAUAACAUGGUUCCCUUUUGGACCUUUUUUUGGAGCAACGCUAAUUGGGAAAGCCUUAGCCAAAAUGCACAUUCAGAAACUGUUGGUGAUCAUAACCUUCAGCAGGCACAUAGUGGAGCAGAUGGUGUCUCUGAUUGGUGCUAUCCCAGGGCUGGGCGCCUCUCUACAGAAGCCCUUCAGGGAGUACUUGGAGGCCCAGAGGGCCAAGAUGCACGGGAGAGGGGACCCCAACCGUAAGUACCUCGUUCUCUACUAUACUCUACCACCUCCCUCUAUUCACCGCCUCCCUCAUGGAGGGGCCUUUCUCUGAAGAAUGUGUUUCCCUCGCUGUUUUCUUUUAUUCUCUCUCCACUUCUUUCCACUUUUCUUUGUUUUCUCACUCUCUCUCUUUCUCUCAUUAAUUUUCCAUUUCAAAUGUGCUUUCCUUUCAAUCCCUUUUUCUUCUCUUUUUUUCCCAAUCUUUUAUUUUCUCUGAUUUGUCAUCCUUCCAUCUCUCCCUGACUGUCUUUCUUCAACAGUAGUGGGAUGAAUAUCAACAGUGCAGAUGAUACCGUAGUCCAGCAGUAAUAAUGUAAUAGCACUGUGCCUCAGGCAGCGUUUAGAGUGACAGGGAGAGGGUUCGCUGGGUGCACGGCGGCUGGGCAGGCUUAGGGAGGGCUAAGAGGGGCUGAGGGAGAGGGGGCCAGUGUAGGGUCUCGCUGUAGCUCUGGUAGUAGUGUUACCGCUGUUAUCACUUAACAGUGUUCGCAGUAGGUAUGCUGAGUCAUGCUCAGUCUGAGUGGAUGGAAGGGUGUGUGUGAGUGGUCAGUCACUCCCCCGUGUCACAGAGUGCCCUGCCUGAACCCAUUGCUAGCGCUGACUGGGGACCAGAGACCGGGGCGGGGUCCCCCCAGCCCUGCCAAUGACAAUCCAUCAAAAAAAGCAGUCUGGAACAGAAAGAGUCAGUUGUAGCUGGAGCCAUAUCUCUUUGAAAGUUUUUUUCAUUUUCUCUCCUUCCCUUUCUAUCUCUGUCUCUCGCUCUUGGUCGCUGUCUCCCUCUCUCAAAGUGAUUAAUUGAAAACGUUUUUAUAUUUUUCCCUCCUCCGAAGCUAGUGCGAGAGAGGGAAAAAAGGAAAAGAGAGACUGAGUUGCACAACGAGAGAUUAAGGCUGUUUCUAGAACAAUGUUCCUUUUUUCUUGUAACUUGAACCUCCUGCAGUUAAAGGAGAAAAGAGGUCAUUUAACUUUGGGAGAGUGAGGCUGCCAGUUGGGGUCACUAAGGGUGAGGAAGGAGGUUGGCGGGUUCGCUUUUUACUACCACUGAUCUCUGUCCUGCACAUGGAUGGAUGUGGGAGCGGAUCCCAUCCCACACAGAUAGAACAUAGGUUCUACUUUAGCAUCAGGGACCAGAGACAAGGGAGGUAGACUCCAUAGAAAUCAGGGUCUCGCCCUUCUAUUUCUGUUCUGUUCCUCGUAGGACGAACUGGCUGUUGUGGGUCUUUGAGAAGGUGAUCGUGGUCAUGGUUUGUUUCUUUGUCUGCUCCAUCGUCAACUCCACAGCCCAGAGCUAUGCCAAGUGCGAGGCAGCAGAAGUACAAUGAGGGCAAAAGCAAGUGAAGGCGACACUGAGAGGAGAGCAGCUAGCCUAGCAUACAUUCUGGGCUCUCGCUCAAAUAAUCCCCAGCACAAACUUUCUGCUUCUUCCUCAUUUUUCUCUCUUUACCAAUAAUCUCCAAUGAGACACAAACCGUCAUAAUACCAAUUAUGGGUGUCCAUGUUAUCGAUUGAUGGAUAUCCACCAUGUGAAGUAACCGUUUUCUUUGUUUCUGUAGUGGUAAUGAAGUUUAUCCGUUUACCUUGAACUUGGACUUAAUUUAUUUGUUUGCCAGGCUUUUUUAUAGAGAUGAUUGCUCAUAGUUUUUGGUUUCCUUGAGUGGUUGUUCACUAUAAGGUACGUGUUGGCAAUUUGGUGUGGUGUUGUAUGGAUAGGACAUCCAUUUCAUUGAGCUGCUCUACAGUGACUGUGUGUGGGUGGGUGAGUAGCUCUGCGAGGCCUUAAGUAUUCUUGGGUCCAGCUUCCAGUACUACAACUAAUGGUCUUAUCAUAGAGCCACUUUAUUUACGGGAUUAUGUUUGGCUUGGACGGGUUAUAUUUUUUAAUUUACAUUUUUUGUGCUGGAUGGGUUUUAUUUGACUAAGGUUAUAUAUUACUUAAGUUCCGAGGCCUAAUAAUUUUUUCCCAGUUAAUUUAUUAGGAUUGUUCUUUAAAAAAAAAAAAUCAACUGUUGUGACAUUAUGGUAAGACAAGGUAUGAACAUUAAAUGGAUACCUUGUUAAUAAUCUUAUGAAUCAGUUUUUCCAAAUUCUACUUCUACAAAUCUGCUGUAGAUAGAUCUCAAUCGAUCAAAAUGGGGAGUUAAAGAACCCGAUGUGUAUCUGUAGGCCUACAUACGUACUGCUAUUGAUGGAAUUUGUACGCUUUAAAAUUCCAGAGUGAUCACCUUUGGCUCAGACAUGAUAAAUUAUCCAUGAAUCAAUCUGCUGGUCCCUUUGUCUGGAGUUAUUGUUCUACUUCCAUUAAGAGAGCACAUGAGUCAGGGACCCAGGGCUCCUCAACCAACCAGAUGCACUGAUGGAUUGAAUUAGAUCUCAGUGUGUGCAACUUUUGUUACUUUUCCUUAUUGAGCCUUUCAUUCGGAUCCCAAGUUGUGUUUGGUGGUAUCUGUUUAGUUCAUAAGAUCAUUUAGUGGUUUAUAAGAUAUUUUGUGCCUGGUUUGAAGCUCGUGGUAAGUGUUCCCUUUGUCUUCAGUGCCUGUAAAGCUUGGACUCUCUGCAAGCUCAUGUUCACCAUUACUCUGGAAGGAAGGAGGAAAGGAAGGGCAGCACUUAAAAAAUGAUGUUAUGCCAUCAAUGUUUAUUUUUUUAUGUAUCUUAAGCUCGUUGGAUAACGUCGGCUGGUUCGUGAUCCAAGAUUCCUCUUUUUCUUAAUUGCUUGUGAAAUGUUUUUUUUUUCUUCUUUUUUUUUCUGCUCCGUUGCCCUGGUAUGUUGGUUUGGGAGCUCCGGGCAGGCAGGCAGGGUGGGGAAAGAGAGCAAGCAGAGAGAGAGAUCGAGUGCAGUGAAAAGCUUCUGUGGCAUUACCUCGAGUGAACCCUCUUAGGAACUCGCUGCACUGCCCCAGUGACGGAGCCAGGAGACAAAUCAGUCGAGUAGAUUCAAAACAGAGGGGCACUGUUGAACGCACAGAGCCUACCUCCCUCCGCUCUGCUGCAGCUCUGCUAAUCACACUAUUCAAAUACAGCCUCUCUCUCUCUCAGGGUAAGUAAUGAAAGGAUUUUUUCCCCUGUUCUUUCUUCGUGUUGCGUGUGUGUGUCUUAGGCAUGUCCGUCACACUCUCGGCCUGUCAGAUAGCUUAUCAGACUGGUGUUGGCUGUUACAUUGCAAGGCGACAACAGUCUGUAGGCUGUCUGACAUUUCGGGCUCUUUCAUCUGACCAGCAUCCUGUUUUCUCCUUGUCCGUCUGGUGGUGUUGUCAUUGCUGAAGCAUCAGUUCCCAUUUUGAGCUGCGUGUUCUGAUGUUAUAGUUUCUCUGUUAGCCCCUCUGUUUGUAAAAUGAUGUUUGAGACCCAAGUCUGUUGUUUAUUUACUCUUCUAUCGAUGUAUUUAUUCUUUAUUGACUUGGUUUAAAGUGGUUCUAUCGCUUGGUCUGUCUGUACAUGAAAAUGUAUUGCCGUGAAUGUGUCCCAUUGGUGUAUGUGUCUCCAUUUUUUUUACCAGUAUCAUUGCCUUCCAGUUAAAAGGGUGUGUUUCCGGGGUUUAGCUCAGUCCCCUUGAUUUCCAGAGAAUCAAGAAAGCACACACCUUAUUGCAAACAUUCUAUUGUGAAAUACAGCCAGUGUUUGCUCUGGUACAGUCCUCACCUCAGGUAGGUCCCCUUUACCCUUUCCUCUUUUCUCUCACACACUUCUUUCCAGUUUCCACUAUUGCUCAAUAGCUGCAUUUUUUUGUCUAAUGUUGCAUUUUAUUGGUACUGUUUUUCUUGUUUUUGCUUCAGGGUUUGUAUUUACAAUUGUAGAAAAAUCUUAAAUCAUGGCUUGACCAUUAAGAUGUUCUUUCUGUGGUCAUAAAUUUGCAGAGCCAAGAUGACUUACCUUUUGAGAAAUGACUUUUGUUUUUCUGGAAUAUGGGGGAAAAAUUUUCCUGGUUAUAAAAGCAACAUCCUUGGAUAACAUUGGAAUGGUCCCGCUGGCUCAGGGAGUAUGUUUUCCUUGGCAGUUUCAGAACGUCCUGUUCCAUAAGGGAGCCCCCUUUUUUGGUGUCUGUGUGUGUUUACGUUUCUAUGUGUAAAUGCCUGUGUAAUGGUGGGUGUCUGUUUUUCAAUGUAUGUAUAUACUGUUUUAGCUGUUUUCUCUUUUAAUAAAGUGAACUGUACUAAA